AUGAACACCACAGUGGCCGCUCUUUUCGCUGUUUGCUUUAUUCUAUGUAUAACUCAAGGAUACGGCGGCCACAGUCAUAGCCAAAGUCAUAGCCAUGAACAUGGUGGUGAAAGACCGCCCAAACCAGAGUUCCUCGACAAACUCAACGACACACUUCGUGAAGAAUUUUGGAACAUUGUGAAGGACAGAUCAAUACCACCUAACGAGAAGAGAGAAAAGGUUCUGGCCUGGGGAGAGAAGUACGGUCUUGAGGUUUGUUCGCUGAGACAUUUCAGAUCAAUAUUGAAACAGGGCUUCAGUACAAAGAUUAUCUGCUGGGUAGCAUUUAAUCGUAUAGCCAGAAAUGUGCCAAGAAGGAGGGUUGGUCUUCAAUGGGAAUCAGGAAUACUGAGACAAGAAAGAGUGGCAUGA